AUGCUGCUGCCGAUGAAGUCGCAGCAGCAGCAGCAGCUGCUGCUGCUGCUGUUCCUGCUGCUGCUGCUGCUUCUGAAGAACUUUCUUCCGUCGCUGAGUCCUUUGGCAUUAUCCAGGAGCAAGAGAUGCCAGCAGCAGCAGAAGCAGCAGAAGCGGCAGCAGCAGCAGCAGAAGCAACAGAAGCAGAAAUGGCAGCAGCAGAAGAAGCUGCAGAAGCAGAAGUGGCAGCAGCAGCAGCAGCAGAUAAAAACUCAAGCGGCCGCAGAUGACAGAAGCACAGGCGGCAGCAUCGGCUCCGUGACGGCAGCAGAAGGUUCUGCUGCUGCUGCUGCUGCUGCUGCUGAGAUCCCGCCUGCUGCUGAAGAAGAUGCUGCUGCCGGUGAAGUCGCGGCAGCAGCAGCUGCUGCUGCUGCUGCUCCUGCUGCUGCUGCUGCUGCUGAAGACCUUUCUUCCGUCGCUGAGUCCUUUGGCACUAUGCAGGAGCAAGAGAUGCCAGCAGCAGCAGAAGCAGAAGAAUGCUGCAGCAGCAGAUGCAGCAGCAGCAGCAGCAACAGCAGCAGAUACGCAGCUGGCUGCAGGAAGCUUCGAUUCUGCUGCGCCCCGCAGUGCUGA